UGAAGAAUGAAAACGAUGUCGUUUUGAGUAAAAAAAAAAGCACGCAAUGGGAAGCCCUAGUUAGGAGUAGGAACCCAGGCAUUCCUCUCUUCUCCCUCUUCCCUCAUCCUUUCUCUUAUCCCUUCGUUCCACCGCCUCGUCACCUCCUUCCGCCGUCGCCUCAGUUUUGGUAGGUCCUCUGCUCUCUUAUAACCCUAGCCCUGAUCCCUUCCUUCUCGCCGCUCUCUCUCUCUUUCUCUCUCUCAUACUUUCUUCUAUUCACUGCGUGUCUCGGCUCAAUCUCUCUUCAUUGUGUGUCUGCCGUGCGCCGUCGCUGCUUCUCUGCUCCUCGCCGUUUCUGUCUGCUCUGCUCCCCACCGUGUCUCUUCGCUGCUUCUCUGCUCCUCGCCGUGUCUCUUCUCCUUUCCUGAUUCGAGUGACUCAGCCUCUGUUUAGGCUGUGGAAUGCUAGAAGGAAUGUAUCUCGCGUGUUCGGGAGUUUCUGGAAGAACAAUUGCUGUAUAUCCUCCUGCCUCAUCUCUAGGUCAUUACAGAAUUAAUUCAUAUGUAAAAAUUAGGGGGCUAAAGUGUGCUUCUUUGAAAACAUCUUUUGUGUGCGAAGCAAGGAGAAACCCCGACUUUUCCAGGCAAAACAGGUCUGGCUACUCCAGAAGCAGGAACAAGAACAAUGAAGGGAGAGAUGGCUUUGAGAGCUUUGAGGAAGACAUGUUGUCUUUGAAAAAUGGACCUUUGGUAUCACUUUCUGCCUCAGGUAAAUCGCAGACCACAUCGGCUCCUGGUCCUAGAGAGAAGGAGAUUGUUGAACUAUUCAAGAAGGUGCAGGUGAGGCUGCGUGAGAGAGCUGCCAAUAAAGAAGAAAAGAAGGUUGAAACCUCACAAGGGAAAAGUAAAGAGAAUGGUACCGUGGAUUCGCUCCUCAAACUACUGAAGAAACACUCGGUUGAGCAAGUAAAAAGAAGCAGUGGAGGAAGUAAAGGAAAAGAUCACAGUGCAGAACAGGUUCAAGAAAGUAGCCCGUAUAGUAGAGGGAGAAGUAAUAAAUUUUCAGAUUUGGAUAGUGCUCCAAGGCAUGAGUCCCAAGAAGCCAACUCCUCGUCUGUCACUAGACCAAGGUCAAAUUUCCAACGAAGAUCCCCUGUUCCUCGCGUAAAAUACCAGCCUGUCUCUUACAAUGAGGAUGUUACAAAUGUGGAGCCACUAAGUAGUAGGGUUGGAGAGAACAUUCGGGAUCAGCUAGGUCUGAAGCAUGAUGAUGAACCGGAGAUUGAUUCUGAAACAGAUAUUGAUCAUGAGCCAGAGCCUGAUCUUGAUCCAAAGAAUGAGUUGUUCUUCCCAGAUAUUGGCAUUGCUGACAUGUCAAACGAUGAUUCUCAUGACCAUGAACAAACCGAAGAAAUCGAUCAUGAUGAGCACAUGGAAGAGGAGGAGGAGGAGCUAGCUGUUCACCAUGAGGAUUUGAGCGCGAUGAAGCUUGUGGAUUUGAGGGCACUCGCCAAAUCUCGCGGUCUAAAAGGGUUCUCAAAGAUGAAGAAAGUGGAGCUCUUGGAUUUACUAACUGGGAACUGAUUCUGAUCAAUUGAUAGGAGGAAAGCAAAAAAGAGGAGACAACACAAGUACCGGAGAGCUUGUGGAUCAUUAGAGUAAUCUUGAUAUAUCUGUCUAGAGGAAUUUUGGAUUUGUGUUUUUUUUCCAGUCAGAUCUGUGAAGUCUUGUCAGUGAUUCUGCAUAUGCUUAUGCUUGUGAAAUUUCACAAUUAUACUUAAUUGCUUUUUGACUAUUUUACUAAUA